AAAUCUCCAUUGCGUUCGUUCGCUCAUGCUCCUCAGGUACAUUUACCCUCGGGUAUCAAAGCCCGAUACGUCAUCGCUUCUAGAACACCGUCCUGCGUGGGGCAUGGUAUGGGGAACCGUAGUGGGCUUCAAGAGUGGCUUCAAGCGAUGGAAGCGCGUGAGGGAAUUUCCGCUUUCGGCGUUUGGAAAUGGGGUGCGUGCGAGUCGAUCAACAGGCUCAGAUCUGAGCUGAUCUGGGGCACGUUGCUGGGGAAGCGCCAGGUCUCACUUGGGUCAUUGACCUGAUGAGUUGGAUCUCAAGUUUCCUGACCGGAAUCUCGACACCUCCCAACCAUCAAGUUCAUGUGAUCUCGCGCCGCCUUUGCUCAGGCUGGCUCAGGCACAGCUCAGCUUCGGCUCAUGUCUGCUCAGGUCUUUAUCACCCAUCUCAGAUAUCGUCAACUUUUAACGAGGGGCUCGAAAAGGCCCCCUUUCCCAGCCAGGGAUCCCAAAUCAGUUCCACUGCAAUUUCACAACCUAUGCCAGCCAGAACUCAUUCCCAGACAGUUAUCCCCGUCUACUUGUCUUCCAUGCAAGGACAUUUUCUUGCGUCUUACUUCAGGGUAUUUGACGUCGUUCUCUGCGAUUUGCCCGGGGCUUCGUACUCUAUAAAUGACUAUCUCCCUCUUGCCUUUACAUCUUUUCUCUCCUAUCUUCUCUCCCAUCUUCUCACAUAUCCUUUUACCUGUCCUCUCACCCAUCCUCCCUUCCACCUUCUCAGAAUGUUUUGUAGUUCCAGAACUCAAUUCAGAUUAUUCCAGAAGCUUCUCCUGCCUCUUGGUCCAGUCCUAUCAAUCCUCUUUGGCUGACAUCUCAAUUUGUGGAAGAGUGAGUGCUCCGGACCAAACUAAUUUGGCUUGGAUUGCACCUGAUCUUUUUGCGGUGGUGCUUUUAAUGUAGAGCCUCAGUCGUUCAACAAAGACGAUGUAGUAGUAGACCGCAAGACCAGUAAGGAGGUGCCACCUUGGGAAGUUCAUUAGUCACGACCUCAGAUCUAAAGAGUUACCACUAACCAGCCA